AUGACAAAAUUUUCUGAACAUAAUUAUGAUGCAUUAAAUUUAACAGAGCUUAAAAGUAAUAUUCAAGAACAAAAUAUUAUAGGUUAUAGUGUUGAUUACACAGUAAGUGGGUUAUUAUUUUUUGGAGGGUUUAAAAUAAAUGUUGAAGAAAAUAAUGGCUCUAUAUGUAAUGAUGCUUAUUUGAUUCAUAUAAAUAAAGAGCAAGUAGAAUAUGAAAAUAUCAUAAGUAAAAUUAAGCCAACUGUUCGAUGUUAUCAUAGCUCUUGUAGUUUCUUAGAAAACUAUGUACUAAUUUUUGGUGGGCUAAAUAGUGAAGUACCAUUUAUAGCUUUAAAUGAUUUAUGGAUAUUCAAUAGUUUAAACAAAACGUUUGUUGAAAUAAAACUUAUUUGUAAAGAUAAAUGUGAAGAUGGAAAUGUACAUGAUGGAGAAAUAGAAAUAUAUAGGAAUGGAAAUAUAAAUGAGUUAGACAACAACUGUACAAGCAUAGAGGAGGACGAUUACGAGGAUGAUGAUGAUGAUAAUAAUAAUGACAACGAUUCUAUUUUAGAUAAUAUUAAUGUUAAAAAUUUAAAAAAGUAUUUAAGAUAUUAUAAUCAUAAUAAUAGUAAUAGCAAUAGUAGUAACAUUAACAACAGUAUUAGCAAUACUAACAACAAUAGUAGCAAUGCUAAUAAUAGCAGUGGAGAGGGGCAAGUAAAUAAUGUUCCCUCUCCUCGUUACUAUUCUAGUUUAGAUUUAUAUAUAGUAAGAAAAUCAAAUAUAGAAAACACACAAGAGGAGAGCAAAAAAGAGGAAAUUAGUGUAAAAAAUAAUAAAAUAUUAGUAAAUAAUGCAUCUACUUACGAAUAUUUCAGUCUGAUAGUGUUUGGUGGCUAUGGUGGAUAUGAUAGAAGUAGUUACAAUGAUCUAUAUGAAUAUAAUAUGUUAAAUAACGAAUGGUUGUUAAGAUCUUGCAAAGGAAGUAUUCCUUUCCAAAGGUAUGGACAUAUUUCCUUUAUAAAUGGAAAUAAUUUAUUUAUAUUAGGAGGAACAAAUUCUGAAGUAAGUUUUAAUGAUAUGUAUUCAUGUAAUUUAAAAAAGAGUGAAUGGUCUGAAGUCGACUUCUCUUAUUCUUUUAAUGUUUCAAAAGUGUUCUGCAGGAGCGUAUUAGUAGAAUCUAUAGACAGAAAUAUAAUUUUCAUUUUUGGAGGGUACAAUAUAAUUAGCGAUGAAAAGGGAAAUAGAAAGAUAGAAUAUAACAACACUGAGUUGAACAUGUUAAAGCUGUAUGACACCUUUAAAUUAGAGGAGUUAAAAUACAAUGUCGUUAAAAGUAAGGAGGGCACCAAGAGUAGUGAUAGUGGUCCUUAUGACAGUAUUACCACCACUGCACAAAACAAAAACGGAAUAAUGUAUGGAAAUAACAUGAACCACUUAAUCGAAGGGGAGAAAAAAAAGGGCGAAAGAGGAGAUACAGGAGAAAGAGAUGAAAAAAGUGAAAAGAGUGACAUACAUGAAGAUGUUACUCCUACUAACAUAACAUUCUGUUCUAUUACCUACGAUUUUGUUGAUUCUAAUUUAAUUAUUACAGAUUCUAAGAAAAAAAUAUAUAUUAUGAAUAUUAGUAGAAUUAUAGGACCUAAAUAUGCAAUUUUUAGUUUAUGGCCAAGAUACUGCGAUAUAGAUGGAAAUAAGAAAAUUUUAGUGAGAGGAAAAGGUUUCAAUAAUGAAGGAAAAAUUGUUGUAAAAUUCAAAUCCGGAGAGGUGAAUUUAUUUAGUGAAGGUAUUUAUAUAAAUGAAAAUAAUAUAUAUACAAUUGCACCAAAUGCCAAAAAUAAAAUAAAAAAUAAUAUAUGUGAUGUCCAACUAUCUAUUAAUGAUAAAUGCUAUACAACCAAUAGUUGUGCCUUAGAAUAUUAUUACAAUAUUGAUCCGAAAAAUACGUUAAUUUUUGGAACUGGUUUAUUAGAACCCGUAUGUUUAAAAGAAGAAAAUAUUUUCUUUUUAAUUGCUAGAAACUCCUUAAAUGAAAAUAAAAAAAUUGGUGGAGACAAGUUUCAAAUAUCUAUUAUAUAUGAGCAAGAAAAUGAAAGUCAUUCUUUAAAAUACUCUGUUUACGACGUGAACAACGGUUUCUACAUAGUUAAAUAUUUUCCAUUUCACGAAAAAAAAAUGGAAGAAAUGGAAGAGAGACAAAUCAAACUGUCCAAUGAAAAGGGCGAAGUAGUCACAGGGCAAGUAACUACAGGAGUAGCUACAGGGAAAACACUUACGGAAGUAGUUACAGACGAAGAUAGCUCUAAUAUAGGCGUAAUGCAUGAAAGUAUAAAUAAGGAUAGGAACAAUGGAACAAACACGAGUGCUGUAACUCUUGUUGAGAGCAAAGAUGCAAUAAAUAUGAUACAAAUUAAAGGUAGUGAUAAGGAAAAUGGAAAUAUUAACACAGUUGAUGGAACUAAUAAUGAAAAUGUAUUAUCCUACAAAGGAACAUUGCGAAUAACGGUAAAAAUUAAAGAAGAAGACAUACAAAAUAGUCCAUUUGUUCUAAAGGUGCAUAAGGAAACACAGGAAAAAACAACUUAUGUAAAAAACUUUGUCAACAAUAGGUUAGAGGAUUUAAUAAAAAAAGGGGAAUGUAUACUUGAUCUAAUUAAAAAUAAAAAUAGGAAUACAAAUAAUUUGAUUGAACUAAAUGUUAAUAUUGAAAACUUUUUAAAUAAAUUUUCUAAAUCUAUAUAUGAUAUUAAUAUAAUCGAACAGUAUAUGCUCUAUGGAAUUAUAGAUAUAAAUAAGAUGGAAAACAUUUUAGAGGAGUUACAUAGAGGGGGAAACAUUGUGGACGCUUUUCUGGAGGAUGAAUCGUACAUUGAGAAAGAGAUCAUCAAUUUAAUACAUAAUGAAAGAGGUAAAAAAAAAGAGUUAGGAAAUGACGGAGGAAACGUUGAAGGAGGCUGUAGAAGCCAUGGUUGUGAUGAACUUAAUGGACAUGAUAGAGGUGAUACCUCUAAUAUCCAAAGGAAUCCUCAUGAGGAGGAAGGUAUAGGAAGUGGAACAGACCCUUCAGCGGAAACAAAAAAAAUUUCACAAGUAAAAACAGAUUUAGGAGAACACAACUACAACGGUAUGAUAAUGAGCAACUUAUUUUUAAAAAUAAAAGAGAAUGAAAAGCUGAUUGAUUUUAUAAAUGAAAAUAAAUUAAAUUUUAUGGACUAUGUUGACUCAAAUUUAAUGAAAAAGCUAAAAAAUUGUAUUUUACUUUUGAACAAUGAAGAAUUAAGCCUAAGAAAUAAAAAAGAUAAUAUGAAAAAAAAUGAUGGUACAGCAGAUAUAAAGACAGCAACAAAUGAGAGAAAUAGGAAGGAAAGAAAUGGGGUUGAAAGUAAAACCAAUUACUUAUAUGAAGAAUAUUUAACACAAAUAGAUGAGAAUAAAAUAGAAGUCAUCCGAAAUUUAUUAAUUUUUUAUUAUAAAUUAAGAUCUGUUUGUAUUUGUAAAAAGGAAAAGGAACUGAAGGAAGAAUUCAUAAAUGAAGAAAAAGAAAGUAUUAAAAAGUUAAAAUUAAACUUCAACAAAUUUAUUAAUAUUAAAAAAAAUUUAGAAAUAUCAAGUGUUUAUAUUCAUAACAAUGGUUAUGAGGCUUCUUUAAAAGAACUAGAAACAACCAAAAACUACCUAACAGAAAUAAAAGAAGAAGUAACAAAAGUAAAACAAAUUUCGGACAAUAUAAUAAAAAUAGAUAAUGUAGAAGAGUUGAAUAAAAACAUAGAAGAUAUGAACAAUGAAAUAAAUGAAAUAGAGAAAUUAUGGAUGUUCAUAAAAAAAAAAGAAGAAAUUUUGAACGGAUUUUUGUUCUCUCCGUUUAAAGAUUUAGAUAUCGAAGAUUUUGAUAUGCAAGUUAAAAAAUUACAAAAUAAUUUCAAACAAAUAAAAGUUGACAGGAAACAUAAUAUAUGUAAAGAGGAAACAAUAAAAUUGAAAGAAACUAUAAAAUUCAUUUCUGUGUUAAGUGAACUAAAAAAACCUUUUAUCAAAGAAAGACACAUAAAAGAAAUAGAAUAUAAUAUAAAUGAAGAAAAGGAAAAAAAUAAAGAAGAAAAAAUCAGUAUAUUAAUUGAUGACAAUACUUUAACAGUUUACUUUUAUAAAUUGAAUGUAAUGAAAUAUCAUGAUACCAUUGAAGAAGUGAUAAUAAAAGCAUGCAACGAAAAAAUAAUAGAAGAAACAAUAAAUAAAUUUGAAGAAUACUGGGAUAAUAUAUAUUUUAAAAAUAAAAAUUAUAAAAAUGAUAUUAUACUAACUUAUAUAGAAGAUGUGUGUAUAGACACCAUAGAAGAACAUCAAGUAACUUUACAGAACUGUUUUUCUUCAAAAUAUUUUCUCUUCUUUUCAACAGAAUUAAAUUUAUGGCAAAAAAAAAUUUCGAAUAUAUAUGAAGUGAUACAACUAUUAAAAGAUAUAGAAAAGCUUUGGCUGUAUUUGCAAAAUAUGUAUGUUUAUUCAGAGGAGGUAAAAAAGGAGCUACCACUCUAUUCAAAAUUUUUUCUAACUAUAAAUGAUGAAUAUUUAGAAAUGCUAAAACAGAUAAAUGAUAAUAACACAAAGGUAAUAGUUUUUUCUAAUGAAGAAGGUAUAGUAGAAAAAUUAGAAGAGCUAAAAGUCAAAUUGUGCAAAAGUGAAAAACCGUUAAAUGAGUAUCUAGAUUCUAAAAGAAAAUCAUUUCCUAGGUUUUUUUUUAUAUCCUCAACUGAUUUGAUAGAUAUCUUAUCUAAUGGCAAUAAUUUUAAGCUCGUUAAUACUCAUGUGCAAAAAAUAUUUUUAUCAAUUAGGCGCUUCGUUACAAAAAAUGAAAAAUUAAGUGAGCACGAAGCGGAAAAUGAGGUUAAACUGGAGGUGGACAAAAAAUCAGAAAAAGGGUGUGUGAACGAAAGUAGGGAAGAGCUAAAAAAUGAAGAACAACAUAUGCAUGUGCCUGACCAGAAAGAGCAGAAGUUCCUAGAAGGAACACCAAGUGAGGUGGAAGGAAAAAAGAUAAAUAUAUCAAGUGAAGAAAAUGAAACUAAUAGGACGGAAGAGGAGGAAGUUAUCACAAAACUGAUAUCCUCCUAUGGUGAAGAAAUUUGUAAUUUUCAUGAACCUCUAAGUCUAAGAGGAAAAGUUGAAUGCUACUUAAACGAUAUAAUAGGACAUAUUAAAUAUACCUUAAAAUAUCAUAUUACUAAUUUAUUUAAAUUAAAACAUUUAUAUAAUAAUGAAAAAGAAAUAUGGAUUGAUGAAAAUUAUCUAUCUCAAGUAUUCAUCUUGUGUAAUACAAUAUUUUUUGUAAAUGAUGUAGAAAGUAUAUUAAGUAAAAGUGAUUGUACAAAUAUACAUGAGGAACUAAAGAAAUAUUAUAAAAAUCAUAUAGUUCAACUUGAGAAUGUUAUUAAAAAAGUUCAAAAAAAAUUAACCAUAAAAAAUAGAAUUAAAAUUAUGUGUAUUAUUACUUUAGAUACUUUUUACAGGGAUAUAUUAGAAGUUAUUUUAAAAAAUAAAAAUGCAAUUUCAAUAAAUAUGUUCGACUGGCAAUCACAAAUAAGAAUAUAUCCAUUCUUUAAAAAUGAAAAAAAAGAUUCAGAUCAUACAGAUAUGCAAAAAGAAAAUACAGGUAGUAUGGCCCAAGAGAAAGCUUAUAAUAUAUCACAAGAUGGGGAAGAAUGUAAGACAAAUGAUGAAAUGUACAAAAAGGAUAACAACACAUUAGAUUUCAGAGAGUUAUAUAUAAAAAUAAAAAUUAUGGAUUGUUCUUUCAAUUAUUCUUAUGAUUAUAUAGGAAAUUAUCAAAGACUAGUAAUUACCCCUUUAACGAGUCGUAUAUAUAUAACGGCAACUCAGGCUUUAAGUUUAUAUAUGGGAUGUGCUCCUGCUGGACCUGCAGGAACAGGUAAAACAGAAACUACAAAAGAUUUAUCUAGUUUUUUUGGAAAAAAUUGCUAUGUAUUUAAUUGUUCAGAUCAAUUAGACUAUAAAAGUAUGGGGAAUAUAUUUAAAGGAAUAGGUAGCACUGGAUGUUGGUGUUGUUUUGAUGAGUUCAACAGAUUAAUACCUGAAGUUUUAUCUGUCUGUUCUAUUCAAUUCAAAUCUAUAUUAGAUUGUAAACGUAAUAAUAAUAAUGUUUGUAUAAUUGGUUCGGAUGAAAUAAUUGUUAAAAAAAAUUGUGCUGUUUUUAUAACUAUGAAUCCAGAUUAUUUAGGUAGAUCAAAAUUACCUGAGAGUUUGAAAAUAUUAUUUAGACCUAUUACAGUUAUUAUUCCUGAUUUUAAUAAAAUUUGUGAAAAUAUGUUAAUGGCUGAAGGGUACGUAGAGGCAAAAUACUUGUCCAUAAAAUUUACUACCUUUUUUGAAUUAGCUCAAAGUUUAUUAAAAGAAAAACACUGUGAUUGGGGAUUGAGAAGCAUUAAAAGUGUGUUAACAAAGGCAGGAUUUCUUAAGAGAACUUAUCCAAAUGAUGAUGAGAAUAAAUUACUCUAUUCAGCUAUACAUGAUAUUAAUAUUGCAAAAAUAUCCUCUUCUAAUUGCCCUAUAUUUUCAGGCUUACUUAACGACAUAUUUUACUCAAACCAAGAUACAGCGAGAGAGCAAAAAGUAGGAAACGAUAUGGUAGGAUAUAAAAACGGUGAAGAAAAUGUACAUAGUGGUAUAUAUUCGGAUGUAAUGAAAAAUGAUAAGGAGGAGUCCAGUAAAACUAAAACGGGCAAAAACGGUACGAACAGUACAGGAGGAAAAGAAGAACUCAAAGGAGAUAAAAUAGAUAAAGAAGCAGAAUGGAAUGACCAAGAUAAAACAAGUACUGACAACAAUAUAUUUACAAGUGGAGAGGGGCCCAAACCAGGUGAAAAUGAGAAAGAUUGUUUUAAUAUAAACACAAUAGAAAAGGAAUUAACAGAAAUUUGCAAAAAGAACCACCUAUUCGGUUUAGAAUAUUUUGUCAAAAAAAUUAUACAACUAAAUGAUAUAAUUAAUAUAAGACAUUGUGUAUUUAUUAUGGGAGAAGCAGGAUGUGGAAAAACUACUCUAUUUAAUAUGCUAAUGGAAUAUCAAAAAAGGAAAAAUUUAAAAACCGUAAGUAUUAGGAUAAAUCCGAAGUCGAUAAAUAUUGAUGAUUUAUAUGGAAAUGUUCAUAUAAAAACAAGAGAAUGGAAAGACGGAGUUUUUUCAAAAUAUAUGAGAAACUAUUCUAAAAGAGAUGAUUGUGAUAAAGCCUACAUAAUUUUUGAUGGAAAUUUAGAUUCUCAUUGGAUUGAAAAUAUGAAUUCAGUUAUGGAUGAUAAUAAAGUGUUAACCUUAUCCUCUAAUGAGAGAAUAUUAUUAAAAAAUCAUAUGAACUUAGUAUUCGAGUUUAGCGACUUAAUGUUUGCUACACCUGCCACUAUAUCUAGAGCUGGAUUAGUUUACUUCUCUGUUAACCCAAAUGAUUUAUGGAAAAAUUAUUUUUUAUCAUGGAUUGAUAAGCAUCAUAAUUUUAACAGUAGUAUAAAAAAAUUAUUUGAAAAAUUAAUGUAUAAGUAUGUGGAGCCAACUUUUUCUUAUCUAAGUACUUUACAAACAUCUAUUAAAGUAUCCCCAAUGUCUCAUAUUCAGUCUUUAUCUGCCUUAUUAGACAUAUUACUAAUAGAUAAUAAUUUUGACAGUGUUGAACAUUAUUUUAUUUAUUCAGUUAUAUGGUGUUUUGGUAGUUUCCUGGGAGAAAAAGAUAAUGUUAAUUAUAAGAAAUGCUUUGAUAAAUAUUGGAAAAAUACGUUUAAAAGUAUUAAAGUGAAUAGAAAAAUUAGUGUAUUCGAUUUUUAUGUUGAAAAUAAUAAAUUUAAAGAAUGGGAUGAAGUGGAAAUAAAUAAUCAGAUAAGCGAAAAUUCCUUAUUAAAGGAUGACAUAUUUGUAGAAACUGUAGAGAGCUGUUCUUAUAAAUACAUAACUAAAUUAUUUUUAAAGUCACAUAUGCCAAUUUUAUUUAUAGGAAAAACAGGUGUAGGAAAAACACAAUUAUGUAAAAAAAUAUUAAAUGAAGAAAAAGAUGAAUAUAAAAGUUUUUACAUGAUUUUUAAUUAUUAUACUACUUCAAAAAAUGUACAAUCUCUUAUGCAAAGUUGUUUAGAAAAAAAAUCAGGAAAGCAGUUUAGUCCUCCUUAUCAACAAAAAUUAAUUUAUUUUAUUGAUGAUAUUAAUAUGCCUAAAUGUGAUGAUUAUAAUACUCAAAGUGCCAUUGAAUUAUUAUGUCAAUAUAUUGACACUAACUCGUGGUUUGAUUUAGAAAAACUAAAUUUAAUAAAGAUAUUAAACACUAAACUUAUUUCUUGUAUGAAUUAUAAUAGGGGAAAUUUUACCGUAAACCCUAGACUACUUCGACAUUUUUUUAUUUUAAAUAUUAACUUCCCUGAAAAUAAUACCAUUAAUAGUAUUUUUAGUGUCCUCUUAAAAGGUCAUUUUAGCAAUUUCAAGCAGGACGUAUCUGAUUUAGUUCCGUCUAUACUUAAAUCUACUAUAUCCUUAUAUUACAAUAUUGAAAAAACAUUUAAACGAACAGCCACUUAUUUUUAUUAUGAGUUUAAUUUGAGAGAUAUUCACAGCAUAGUUAAAGGAUUACUAACAACUACACCUUCUACUUUUCAAGAUUGUGAUAAGCUACUAUUUUUGUGGUUACAUGAAUGUGAACGAGUUUACUCAGAUAAGCUAAAUAAAAAAGACAAGAGAAAAUAUAAAAAUAUUAUUAUUGAUAUAAUAAAAAAAAUGUACAAUAAAUAUGAAAUCAAUAAAUUAGUCAUGAAAUAUGACAAUAAUAAUUUACUCUUUUCUAAUUUUCACAAAGGCAGUCAUGAUAAGAGUUAUGAUUUAUGUAAAAAUAUAGAGGAAUUAACAAUAUUCUUAACAGAAGAAUUAAAUGAAUAUAAUAAUUUCUACAAUUUAAAUAUUGUUUUAUUUAAUGAUGCUAUAAAGCAUAUAUGUAAGUUAAUUAGAAUAGUAGAUAACUUAAAAUCACAUGCUUUAUUGUUAGGUAUAGGUGGAUGUGGAAAAACAACCAUUUCAAAAUUUUCCUCCUAUAUAUCUUCUAAAACUUUCUUUGAAAUGGACUUUUCAGCACAUUGCACAGAUAAUGAUAUAAAAAAAUAUUUACAUGAUGUGUUUCAUAAAUGUGCUAUGAAAAAUGAAGACAUUAUUCUAUUUCUAAAAGAAAGCAAAAUACAUGAUAAAUUUUUUAUAUAUGUUAAUGAAUACAUGUGUUCUAAUAAUAUCAUAGAUUUAUACACAAAAGAAGAAAAGGAUAAUAUAAUACACAACAUGAGAAAUAUAGCCAAAUCAGAAGGAAUAGAAGAAACAGAUAAUAGCAUAUUUGAUUAUUAUAUCAAAAAGGUAAAUAACAAUUUACAUUUCAUUUUAUGUUUCUCACCUACUAGUAACAAUUUCAGAGAUAAGUCAAAUAAUUUCCAGUGUAUACUAAAUAAUACAAUGAUAGAUAUUUAUGAUAACUGGGAAGCAGAUUCCUUAAUGUGCGUAGGUAAAAACUAUGUCAACAACAUAUACAUGAAUAUCAACACAGGAGAUAUAAUAAUAAAUGACGAAUAUAUAAAAUUAAUGAAUCAGAGCAAAAAUGAAAAUAAUAUACCUAGUCAUUCGAUAUCCCCAAUGGAUGACAGGCACACAAAUUUGAAAAAUGACCCAGAUGAAAAUACAAAUACUGCUAACAGCGCAACAGAUAAAAUGGAAAGAUUAGAACACGAUCUCAGCAAAGGUAGUGACCAUUCAGGGCUUAUAGAGGGAGGUGACAACACGGUUGCUUAUAGCGAUAAUAAUGAAUGUAACAAAGGUAAUAACGACAAUAAAACUAAUAAUAAUAAUGGGCCCAAAGCAACCCCUGUAAAGAUACCUAAUGAGGAAGAAUAUGUAAAUUUAAAAGACAUAAUAACUGAAUAUUUGAAGGAAUGCUACGAAGAUCUACUGGACAUAUCGUCGUACUAUUAUUCCCAUGAAAGGUCCCAUAUAUAUAUAACUCCCAAGUUGUACCUGGAGAGCAUAAAGACAUACCAUAUUAUGCUGUUAAAAAAUAUCACUAAUAUAAACAAUAAGAUGGAUAUGCUGAAGAGCGGAAUUACUAAAAUGAAUGAAACUAGUUCGAACGUAGAAAACAUAAAAAAUUGUUUGAAAGAAAAGAAAAAAAUAUCAGAGGAAAAAAAAGAAGCCGCUGAAAAGUAUGCUAUAGAUAUAGGAAAUGAAAAAAUGAUUGUUAAAAAAGAAAGUGAUUUAGCUGAUAUAGAAGAAAAAAAUUGUUUAGAAAUACAAAAAACAGUACUAAAACAACAGGAGGAAUGUGAAAAUGAUAUAACUUUGGGUAUACCUCUAAUAGAACAAGCAGAAGAAGCCUUGAAUACGUUAAAUAAAAAGAAUAUUCAAGAAUUAAAAACACUGAAUAAACCUCCUCCUGGUGUUGAAGAUAUUACUGCGGCUGUUAUGCAGUUACUUGCUACAAUUGAUACAACCAUAUGUGUAGACAAAUUUGGAAAAAUAAAAGAUAGGAGUUGGAAAUCAGCUCAAAAAAUGAUGAUUAAUCCAGAGAAAUUCAUAUCCUUGUUAAAGGAUUAUAAAAAUAAGAUAGAUGAAAAUUUAGUUCCUGACUGUAACUUUAAAUAUGUUGAAAAUUUAAUUAAUUUACCUCAUUUUAAUAAAAAUGCCAUUCAAAAAAAAUCUAAGGCUGCAGCAGGUUUAGCUGAAUGGGUAUUAAACAUUACGUCUUUUUAUAAAAUAAUACAGAACAUAUUACCUAAGAGAAUUUUACUAGAUAAUACUAAAAAAAGUCUUGAGGAAGCAAAUGAAAAACUACAGAUUGUUCGUGAAAAAGUACAAUCACUUAAAGCAAAAUUAAGUGCUUUGAUAAAUCAGUACGAUCAUGCUAUUUAUGAGAGAGAUUUAGUUAUAUUAGAAGAAAAAAAAUUAAAAACAAAAUUAGAACUAUCUAUUAGGUUAAUAGAUGCUCUAAGUAGUGAGCAAAUAUCAUGGUCCAAUCAAUAUCAAACUUUAAAAAAAAAAAAAAAAACAAUUUUAACAGAUAUAUUAUUAUCCUCUACAUUUGUUACUUUUUGUGGUGGAUUUACCAAAAAAUAUAGAAAUAAAAUUAUGACUAAAUGUGUAGACACCUUGAAGAAAAAAAAUGAAAUUCAAAAUGCUAUCUUUAAUACCAUGUUCAAAAAGUUAAAUAUUAAGGUAGAGAAAGAUGAGUCAACAUUGGGAAAUUCUAAAAAAUAUGCUUACACAAAUAAUAAAGAUGCGGAUGUCAAUAGUGCUGCUAAUACUAGCGUUGUCACUUUCACUGCUAACAACAUUAGUCUAAGCAAUACUAACACAGACAAAAAUAUUGAAAAUAGAGAUAACAUAAAGAACGAAGAAAUCAUAUAUGAUAUAUUUUUUGUAAAUAAUUUUAACUUAGAUUUGUUGAUAAAUGAAGAAAUUUUAGCUAAGUUGAGUAAACAGGGAUUAACAUUAAAUUCUGUUUGUAUUGAAAAUAAUAUUAUCCUAGAGAAUAGUGAGAAGUUUCCAAUAAUUAUAGACCCCCAAAUGGAAAGUUUAAAAUGGCUAAUUAACAGUCAGAAAGAAAAAAGUGAAAAGUUGGUUAUUACUGAUAUUAAUGAUAAGAUGUUACUUAAAAAAAUAGAAGAAUGUAUAUCAUUCGGGUAUUCAAUUAUCGUAGAAAAUGCAGAUGAAUAUAUUGAUAAUACGCUAUAUAAUAUUAUAUCAAAAAAUAUUAUUAAGAAAAAAAAUAAUUAUUAUAUUAAUAUAAAUGAUAAAGAAUUAAUAUUUCAUCCUUCUUUCUAUAUUAUUUUACACACACAGUUAUCUAAUCCUCAUUAUCAACCUGAAAUACAAUCUGCUUGUUCUUUAAUUAAUUUUACUGUUACUCCUGAUGAUUUGGAAGAGCAUUUAUUAUCUAUCACUUUAGAAAAUGAGUUCAACCAUUUGUCAAAAAAAAAAAAAAAAUUAUCUUUAUUAAAAUAUGAUUAUAUGUGUCAGCUAUCAUUUCUACAAUCAUUCAUCUUGCAAAAAUUAACUAAUGCAAAAGGAGAUAUUUUAGAAGACGUAUCAUUAAUAGAAAAUUUAGAAAAAACAAAAUUAUUAAGUGAAAAUAUAGCUAAAAAAAGUGAAAUCGUUAAAAAUACUGAAGUACAUAUUAAUACUAUCAUCAAUUUAUAUAGACCUUUAUCAAAAAGAGGCGUCAUGUACUUCUUCAUUCUGCAAAAGCUAAAAAACCUUCAUUCAUUCUACUUCUAUUCCUUAGAAAUAUUCCUAAAAAUAUUUGUUAAGUGCUUAAAUGACUGCUCCGAAAACAAACCAUUCAAUGGUUGUAGUAGGAACAAUAAUAAUAAUAGUAAUAAUGCUAAUCGACAAGAAAAAAAGAAAUACCAUAAAAACGUAGAAAAUAAUCCAAUCCAAGUCAAUACUUACAAUGCAUCAGAGGGGGUAGCACCUAAAGAAAAAGAUUCAAAGAAAAAAGACAUAAGCAUAAAAAAUUAUGAUAAAGGACAAAGUACUCGAGAACACGUAUUGGAAGAGGGCACAGAUAUUAAAUGUGAAGUAGAGGGGGAAUGUUCACAAAUGGUAAACGAACAUAUCAGUGAAGAAGUAGGAAAAAAGUUGGAGGAAAAGCAGACAGUAGCGGUGGAGAAAGAGGCUAAAGCAAAAAGGGAUGAGCUGAAUAUUGAUAAGGUGAAAUUUGAUGAUGUGAAAACUGAUGAGGUGAAAUUUGAUGAUGUGAAAACUGAUGAGGUGAAAACUGAUGAGGUGAAAACUGAUGAGGUGAAAACUGAUGAGGUAAAAUUUGAUGAGGUGAAAACUGAUGAUGUGAAAACUGAUGAAGUAAAAAAUGAUGAAGUGAAAAAUGAUGAAGUAAAAAAUGAUGAAGUAGAAAAUGAAGUAGAAAAUGAUGAAGUAAAAAAUGAUGAAGUAGAAAAUGAAGUAGAAAAUGAUGAAGUAAAAAUUGAUGAAGUAAAAAUAGAUAGCGAAAAAAUAGAAAUAGAGGCAAAUGAAGAAAAAGUAGAACUCAAAGUUGUCAAGGAAAAAAUAGAAUCUGUAGAAAGCGAAGAUAAAACAGAACAUGUAAAGGUAGAAAUAGUUGAACCCGCAGAAGAGGCAAAAGAAGAUCCCGCUGAUGAAGCAAAAGGGGAAACCGUAAGUGAAUCAAAAGACGAACCCGUGGAUGCAGCAAAAGCGGAGACCGUAAGUGAAUCAAAAGAACUCGUAGAUGAAGCAAAAGCUGAACCCAUAGAAGAAACAAAAGAGGAGACCAUAAGUGAAUCGAAUGUGGAGGAAAAAGACGAGGAUACAGAAAGCGAAGAUUUCGAAAAUGAUGAUUUCAAGAAUGAAGAAAUAAAAAUAGAUAAAAAUGAAGUUGAAAAAAGAGUGAACAUGCUAAUAAAUUUACUAAUAGUAAAGAUGUGGAUGUAUAUAGAUAAGGGGUUAUUAGAAAGGGACAAAUUAAUAGUGAAAUGCUUAAUUAUGUUAAAUAUAGAAAAGUUAAAGGAUAAAAUAACUGAGGAAGAAGAAGAAAUUUUCAUAAACCCUAAAUAUAAGUUAAAUAGCAACACAUAUAAGGUAGAGAAUAAAAAGGAAAAUGAUAAUAUAGAAAAGAAACUGAUGAAUAAAUCAUUUAUUAGUGAAGAUUUAUAUGAAGAUUGUAAGAAUUUAGAAAAUUUAAAAGAUUUUGAAAAAUUAACUGAGAGUUUUGAAAGUGAGAGUAUGUCGUGGAAACAAUGGCUUUUAAGUGAAAAGGUAGAAAAUGAAGAACUACCUAGAAAAUAUAAUAAUUUAAAAGAUUUUUCUAAAUUGUUAUUAAUUAGGGUCUUGCGCAAAGAUAGAUUCCUGGUUGCUUUAAAAAAUUAUAUUAAAAAGCACAUAAAAAUGACUAAUGAUGAAAAAAACACAUAUGCAUUAGAAAAUAUAUUAGAGGAAUAUAUUGAUAAUAAAACCCCUGUUUUAUUUUUGUUAACUUCUGGAAAUGACCCAUCUAAAGAUAUAGAAGAUUAUAUUGCAAAAUUAAAGAUGAAACAAAGUGCUAUUUCUUCAUACAAUGGUGCUAAGGAAUCGAAUGAUAGUUCUACAAAUAAUAAUGAUGAAGAAAACAAAAUUUCAUAUAUUAACAUAUCUAUGGGACAAGGUCAAGAAAGUAUUGCUUUGAAAUAUUUAAAAGAAAUAUCAAAGUCUGGCGGGUAUAUAUUUUUACAAAAUAUUCAUUUAAUGACUAAAUGGUUAAAGGAAUUUGAAGAAAUUCUUGAUAAAAUUUUCUUAGAUGCUCAUCCAAAUUUCCGUUUAUUUUUAUCUUCAGCUAUUCCUUCAGAAAAAGACACUCAAAUAUUACCUGAAAAAUUAUUAAAAAAAUGUUUUCGAAUAAAUAAUGAAAAAUCUUAUAGUUUAAAAGAUAACAUAAAAUGCUGUCUUGAUAAAUUUGAAAAUAAGGAAUAUGAUGACAAGUUAAAAACUGUCAUAUUUGGUCUUUCUUAUUAUCAUAGUUUAUUAUUAGGAAGGUUUUUAUAUGGAAAAAUUGGUUUUAGCCAAUCCUAUUCUUUUAAUGAUAACGAUUUAGAAAUCUCAUUUAAUAUCAUUAAGAGGUAUUUAAAUAGCUAUCAAACUUUUCCUUUAGCUGACGUAUUAUUCCUAAUAGGCGAAAUAAUUUAUGGUGGUCAUAUCACGGAUAUAUGGGAUAGACGAAUAAAUAAAACAUAUGUAAAAAAUAUACUAAUGGAAAUUUAUAGAAACAUAAUUACAAUUAAUGAACGUAAGAGAAGUAGUAUCGAGAGUGUGGAAGGAUCUCGUAAUAAUGCCAUUUCAAAUAGGAGUAGGAAUAGCGGAAGGAAUGAAGGAAAUAAAGAAAGCGGUCAUAGUGACACUAGCAAUGAUAACAGUGAUAUCAGUGGUAACAGCAGCGAUCUGGAUAACAAUGGCAAUGACAAUGACGGUAUGUUAAAUAACGAUCUGGAGGAAAAACGUAUUUUAAAGAAUACCAAAAACAAUAUCCUAUUUGAAGUAUUUAAGUUUCCUGAUUGCAGUAGAUAUAACAUAACUCAGUUGAAGAAAUAUAUAGAUGAGAAACUCAACAAAGAACAGACCUAUUUGUUAGGGUUACAUAUAAAUGCAGAAAUAGAAUAUAUGAAAAAUGAAUGUUCAAGAAUUUUACAAAAUUUACAAGAAUUAGGUAAUAAAGAAAUAACAUCUUCUGAAAAUUAUAAGAAUAAGAAUGAGAAGGGAAAUAGGAAAAAAAGGUUAGAUGCAAAUGAAGAAGAAAAUGAAGAUGAGGAGGAUGAAAAACAUUCUGGAGGUAAUAAAAGUACAAAAAUAAUAUAUGAAAUUAUUAAUAAUUUACUAAAUGAAUUGCCAGAAAAAAUAGAUAUAAAUGAUUUAAAAAUAGACGAUAUUCAAACAUGUACCUUUAUGGUAAUAGCCUUAAAAGAAGCAGAGAAAUUCAAUAUAUUAAUUGAAUGCAUUAAUGACACUUUAAUAGAAAUAAAAUUAGUGCUAGAAGGAAUAUUAAACAUGAAUGAUAAAAUACAAAACGCUAUUAAAUCUUUAUUAUUGCAUAAUAUACCAGAAAUAUGGAAAAAUUAUUCUUAUCCUUCUAAAAAAAAAUUAAUGCCGUGGUUUGAUAAUUUUAAAUUAAGAAUUAUUUUUAUAAAAGAAUGGAUAUCAAAAAUCAGAAAUAAUAUUUUCCUACCAAAUUCUGUUUGGCUAUCUGCAUUAUUUAACCCUAUAUCUUUUUUAACAGCAAUCAAACAAAAAUUUGCUCAUGAAAAUAGAGUCCCUAUUGAUAAACUAAAGCUAAAAUGGCAUGUAACAAACAUAACGAAAUUAGAAGAUUUGAAUAACAAAAACAAUUCCUUAUACAUACAUGGGCUAUUUUUACAAGGUGCCUCUUGGCUCAUUAAUUCUAAGAAUGAUACUUUUGUUUUUGACAAAGAUAAUUUAAAUGAUAACAUUUCUUAUGGUAACAUAAUUGAAUCAGUCCCAAAAAAUAUUUACUUUGCCAUGCCCUUAGUAUAUGUCUACUGUGUUACUAAUGAACAGGACGAGCUCUUAAAGCAUAAUGUUGAAUCCCGCUCAUUAAACACCCCACUCUACAUUACUUCGGAUAGGGGAAGCACCUUCGUCUGCUCCAUUGAUUUGAACUUAGAGAUUGACGACAUAGAAGAUAAAUGGAUUUUAGCAGGAGUUGCCCUUUUCCUAUCGGAUGAUUAG